AUUUUCCCGUCAAGCGAAGUCGAAUCUCGCUCCAGCGCCUGUGCCAAAACGGCCACCCAAGAGAAGUCGAAUCCCGUUCUCAGGCCCCAGCUUCAAAAUCCUGGCUCCACCGCUGCCGCCGGAUGAUCCCCAGCCGCUGCCGCCGCCUCCUGCCAACCUUCUCACAACCCAAUGUCCCGCUCCGCCGUAACCUGGCCGCCAACGCAGCGCUGCAGUGGCUGGACGACGAGCUCGCGUCGCUCGCGCUCCCCAAGCUCGACUCCUACGCGUGCGCAAGGCUCCUGCAGCGCUGCAUCGCUCGUGGUGACGCCCGCGCCGGCCGCGCCGUGCACGCGCGUGUCGUGCAGCGCGGAGGAGUGGCGCAGCUGGACACCUUCUGCGCCAACGUCCUCCUCAACCUCUACGCGAAGCUCGGCCCACUGGCCGCCGCGCGUAGGCUGUUCGACGGAAUGCCGGAGCGGAACAUGGUGUCCUUCGUCACGCUCGUGCAGGGCUACGCUCUGCGUGGGGGGUUUGAGGAGGCCGCGGGGCUGUUCCGAAGGCUGCAGAGGGAAGGCCACGAGGUGAACCAUUUCGUGCUCACCACGAUCCUGAAGGUGCUGGUCGCUAUGGAUGCUCCUGGGCUUACCUGCUGCAUCCACGCCUGUGCAUGCAAGUUGGGCCACGACAGGAACGCCUUUGUUGGGUCAUCGCUGAUUGAUGCCUACUCGCUUUGUGGGGCUGUCAGUCAUGCGAGGUGCGUGUUCGAUGGGAUCAUCUGGAAGGAUGCUGUCACUUGGACGGCCAUGGUUUCUUGCUAUUCUGAGAAUGACAUACCAGAGGAUGCGCUUAAUACUUUCUCCAAAAUGAGGAUGGCAGGUGCCAAGCCUAAUCCGUUUGUGCUUACCAGUGUGCUCAAAGCUGCAGUUUGCCUGUCAUCUGCUGUGCUAGGCAAGGGCAUCCAUGGUUGCGCAGUCAAAACACUUUGUGAUACUGAACCUCAUGUUGGUGGCGCCUUGCUUGACAUGUAUGCCAAAUGUGGAUACAUUGAGGAUGCCCGCACUGUUUUUGAGAUUAUUCCCCAUGACGAUGUCAUACUCUGGAGCUUUCUGAUAUCCCGUUAUGCUCAGAGCUAUCAGAAUGAACAGGCAUUUGAGAUGUUCCUCAGAAUGAUGCGGUCUUCUGUUGUGCCAAAUGAGUUUAGUUUGUCCGGUGUUCUGCAGGCUUGUGCUAAUGUCGCCUUUUUGGAUCUGGGCCAGCAAAUUCAUAACCUUGUUAUAAAGUUAGGCUAUGAGUCUGAACUAUUUGUUGGCAAUGCACUAAUGGAUGUGUAUGCGAAAUGCAGAAAUAUGGAAAAUUCACUUGAGAUCUUCAGGUCAUUACGGGAUGCCAAUGAGGUGAGCUGGAACACAAUUAUUGUUGGCUACUGUCAGUCUGGUUUUGCAGAAGAUGCUUUGAGUGUGUUCCAGGAAAUGCGUGCUGCGCAUGUGCUCUCAACUCAAGUUACGUUCUCCAGUGUGCUCCGGGCUUGUGCAAAUACAGCAUCCAUCAAACAUACUGUCCAAAUUCACAGCUUGAUUGAGAAAUCCACAUUCAAUAAUGACACAAUUGUUUGCAAUUCACUGAUUGAUACAUAUGCCAAGUGUGGAUGCAUUAGGGACGCUCUGAAGGUAUUUGAAUCUAUAAUACAAUGUGAUGUAGUUUCAUGGAAUGCCAUAAUCUCAGGAUAUGCUCUCCAUGGACGAGCCACAGAUGCUCUGGAACUUUUCAACAGGAUGAAUAAAAGUGAUACAAAGCCAAAUGAUGUCACUUUUGUUGCUCUUCUGUCCGUCUGCGGUAGCACAGGCUUAGUCAAUCAAGGACUCUCUCUGUUUAACUCUAUGACGAUGGACCAUAGAAUCAAACCAUCUAUGGAUCAUUACACUUGCAUUGUUAGGCUUCUGGGACGUGCUGGCCGUCUAAAUGAUGCUUUAAAGUUUAUUGGGGAUAUUCCUUCAACACCAUCUCCUAUGGUUUGGCGAGCUUUGCUUAGCUCAUGUGUAGUUCAUAAGAAUGUAGCUCUGGGAAAAUUUUCAGCAGAGAAGGUGCUUGAGAUUGAACCACAGGACGAGACAACCUAUGUAUUACUGUCAAAUAUGUAUGCUGCAGCCGGAAUUUUGGAUCAAGUUGCUCUUUUGAGGAAAUCAAUGAGAAACAUAGGUGUAAAGAAAGAGGUUGGUCUUAGUUGGGUUGAGAUCAAGGGGGAAGUUCAUGCCUUUUCAGUGGGAUCAGCAGAUCAUCCAGAUAUGCGGAUAAUAAAUGCAAUGCUGGAAUGGCUAAACCUGAAGGCUAGUAGGGAAGGUUAUGUUCCAGACAUAAAUGUAGUAUUGCAUGACGUGGAUGAGGAAGAAAAAGCUCGCAUGCUAUGGGUCCAUAGUGAGAGGCUGGCUUUAGCAUAUGGCCUUUCUAUGACACCUCCUGGCCAUCCAAUACGGAUAAUGAAGAAUUUGCGUUCCUGCUUGGACUGCCAUACCGUGUUUAAGGUUAUAUCUAAAAUAGUUCAACGGGAAAUCGUCGUUAGAGAUAUCAAUCGCUUUCACCAUUUUGAUGAAGGAAUAUGCUCCUGUGGUGAUUAUUGGUGAUGUUCUAUCAUUCAUUGGUUUAUUUGAACAUAGGAUAGCAUAUCCUAUAUAGUGCUACCAGUACAAUUUUGUAGGAAAGCUUCUUUCCAUGACAAGAUCUCCAAAAUAUACAUGCAUACUUGAUUUUCUGGAUGAACUAUUCUGAAGAUGAUAUGUUGCUUGAUCUGAAGAGUACUGCUGCUGAUGUCCUGUUUGGCAAAAAGUGGUGGAGACCAUGUCUUGGCAAUAGCACUGGAGCUCGCUACCAGUGCAGCUCCCAUGCCUCCGCCACCUGUCUUUGCUCCCAUCGCUGACUCCUACUAUCUCUGGCCCCACCACAGCCUCUGCAGUCUCUGGACCCACCGCUGCUUGCAGAUCCAUCCUGGAUUUUUGAUUCGCUGCAGUGACCAUCACUGUGGCAUUAAGGACGACGAGGCUGAGUUAACAAUGCUGCUGUGAUACUUGCAAUGGGGGAGCUUAAUGAGCGGUUAAUAAAUCAUCUGGGCUAUUACAUCUGCAGUUAUGCAUAGGGAUACAUUUAGAGUAGCUCUCAGCUAAUGAUAUGCUGUUUCUUUCUGCUAUAACGGUAUAACCAUAAGUUGCUGUUGCUGCUUUAAUUUUUGAGGUUCAAAGAAGUCCAAUGGCUGAGACUACAAGGGAGGCAGUUCGUAAACUGGAACUUGAGGCCUUAUGAUAUGUUGUUUAUCAUGAAGAUGAUGGUGCCUCACUAGAUAAUGGAACUGCCUUUAAUGGUGCUUAGCUUGGAGCCUGUUGAUGGCAACAAAAUGGUUCUACAUGAUUGUGCAAAGGAGUUGUAUCGUUGUAUCCAAUGCCCUUCCGUUUUGUUGGGAAGAUCAUGUAGACAAAGCUUGAUAGGAAGGCCAUCCCUAGAGGCAGGUUCUUGAGAAGCUCGCUGGUGUUGUUGCUAGCGUUGGGGAAGAAGCACCUCUGGAGGCCAGCGUCGCUGAACGCCACGGUGAGGAACACCACGGCAGCAACGACGGCGUGCACGUAGUCCAGCGGCUGAAGGCGCAGUUUCUGGAGCUCGCCGAGCGCCCACUCCCGCUCCUCCUCCUCGCCCGAGAAGUUGAAGACGUUGAACCCGUGCGGCGUCGCCACGCCGUAGUAGAGCUUGCUGUCUCGGCCGACGACGCUGUCGGUGAAGGAGAAGAGGAGGGAGAAGGCGGCGAGGACGGCGACCAGCGUGGCCGUGAGCCACUUGUUGGCGGGAAGGCACGUCCCAUGGUUGGUGUUGGUGAAGGACGGGGACAGCGCCUGGUACGCCAGCACCGUGCCCGUCGGAAGGAGCUGUGCCAGGUUCGCCGCGCUUGACAUCACCUUGUCCGCCGCUGUCCGGUUGGCUGCCAUGGUUGUAGAGCCGUCAUCCGCACCCUUUGGCAUCGCCGGCGGUACUCUGUCGUCGUUGGUCUGAGAUGUCAUCUGGAUCACGGUGACCGAAGGAGGAAGAGAUGCCAUUAAUGUACUCUUACUACGUAACAUGUGUGCUGGGUCUAGGUGUAGUACUUCUCUGGACUCUGGAAUCUGGAUCGCGCGUGUGGUCUUGUUCAUUCGUGCGGGAGAGUUGAUGUUUAUUAUAGGUGAAUCCUUGUGGAAGUUUGGCGCGUUGAUUUGUCUGCUACUCACAUAUGUUCAAGAAUGAAUGGACAUGCAGGAACUUUCUGCUA